UUCUUCUUCAUCUUCUUCUUCUUCCAGGUUGAUUUGGAGGCUUUUCUCAUCCGAAAGCGAUUCGUCCAAUCAAAACCCUAACCCUAACCCUCUUCCCGAAGAAACGAGCUUGGUGCCCAACACCCAGAUGAAGAAGAAGAAGGAUGUCUCCGUCGAUAUUGAGGAUGUCAGCAACAAAGAGCUGAAAAUGCGUAUACAAAAGUACUUCAAAGGUGAUGAAGAGGCACUCCCUUCCAUACUUGAAGCAAUUUUGGCACGGAAGUUAACAGCAAAGCAUGAGGAAACUGAUGAUGAGAUGAUGGAUGAACUUCGGAUGAAGCCACUGGAUGAUGUUAAGGACAAAGAGUUCGAAUCUGAUUUCGAGGAUUUGUAUGAGACUGAUGAAGAUAUUGAUGAUUUGUAUGAUGCAAGGGAUAUUGUGAUGAGGAGGAUGGUGAAAGAUGAAUACUUCAAUAUGGAUGACAAGAAGUGGGAUGGUAUGAUUAAGGAGGCAACUGAUCAUGGGUUUCUUAAGGACACGAGGGAGUGCGAGGCAAUUCUAGAGGACAUGCUUAGCUGGGACAAGCUCCUCCCAGAUGCAGUAAAGCAGAAAGUGGAGAAGAAAUUCGACGAGAUUGGUGAUAUGGUUGAAAGGGGGGAGAUUGAAGUUGAAAAAGGUUAUGAACUUUUCAAGGAAUUUGAAGAUAAGAUGGUUGUGGAAUGUGCUGAGAUGAUGGAGACAGAGGGGCCUGCACAGUUUGAUGAUACUGCUCUGCCAAACAAGAAAAAGGAAAUAGAUGUCUCCCCAGGGGAGGGGCCAAUUCUUCGGUGGCAAACACGUGUUGUCUUUGUUCCAGGCGGUGACUCAUGGCACCCGAAAAACAGAAAAGUGAAGUUGUCGGUUACUGUAAAAGAGCUUGGGCUUUCAAAGCAUCAAUUUCGUCGUCUGAGAGAAUUAGUUGGAAAACGGUACCAUUCAGGGAAAGAUGAGCUAACAAUCACCAGUGAGAGGUUUGAACAUCGGGAGGAAAACAGAAAGGAUUGUCUAAGGACUUUAUUUGCCCUGAUCGAGGAAGCUGGAAAAGCUAAUAAGCUUGUAGAGGAGGCUCGAACUUCAUAUGUGAAGGAGAGACUCAGAGCCAAUCCAGAGUUCAUGGAGAGGUUGCAUGCCAAGACAAUGAGAAAGAAAGUAUCUGAGUCUUUGCCUGCCUGAACAAAUGGUUAAUAGUAGCUCUGUCAUAUCUAACAUAUAAUUUUUAAAAAAAAGAAAAAAAAAAAUCACUAACUUUUUUGCUAUAUGCGCAGCAGUUUCAAGCAGUAGUUCCAUUUUUGAAUUUGAAAAGUUUCUGAUAUGCAAAAAUUUUCUAGUUCAUCUGUUGAAAUUCAUAAUGCCUCUUGUUAUGGUGGUUUUAAUAGUUUCUUUUUGUAAUGUACUUUUCCUUUUGUUGAUCUAUCUAUUUGUUUUUGACUGACCCUUUUUGUCUGGUAUGUCAGCUAAUGGCCUUGGGCCAUUUGUGCAGACCACUUUUAUGAAAUCAUUUGAAUAAUAAGCUUUACAAUAAAAA